AGGACUCAGAAGGAGACACACUGCCCUCCAUCUUCCUGGCAGUAUUACUUCCUCUCUCCUCUUUCCCACAUUUUCUCAGCUGUCACUAUCCCUCCCAUGUAGGCUUCUCAAACCCCAUAAUGCUGGUAUCCAGUGCAUCCAUUCUCAAAAACUCAGGCUGAUGGACACCAGAUUGCAUGUGAAGGUGAAAGAUAUUAUAGCAGAAGGAAACCAAAAUAAAAGAAAAACAGCUCCUGGAAGUAACCAAUGAGAAGGACAGAUAGAGUUUGAAGACUGUGGAUGUGACUGCUUGUUCCCUGGUUGACCCACUGAAGAAGAACUCCCGUUGAUUCAGAGGUGGCUCGGAGUAGGCAAGAAAUAAUGGCAGCAGCUACGGGGGAUCCUGGACUCUCUAAACUGCAGUUUGCCCCCUUUAGCAGUGCCUUGGAUGUUGGGUUCUGGCAUGAGUUGACCCAGAAGAAGCUGAAUGAGUAUCGGUUGGAUGAAGCUCCCAAGGACAUUAAGGGUUAUUACUACAAUGGUGACUCUGCUGGGCUGCCAGCUCGCUUAACAUUGGAGUUCAGUGCUUUUGACAUGAGUGCUCCCACCCCAGCCCGUUGCUGCCCAGCUGUUGGAACACUGUAUAACACCAACACACUCGAGUCUUUCAAGACUGCAGAUAAGAAGCUCCUUUUGGAACAAGCAGCAAAUGAGAUAUGGGAAUCCAUAAAAUCAGGCACUGCUCUUGAAAAUCCUGUACUCCUCAACAAGUUCCUCCUCUUGACAUUUGCAGAUCUAAAGAAGUACCACUUCUACUAUUGGUUUUGCUAUCCUGCCCUCUGCCUUCCAGAGAGUUUACCUCUCAUUCAGGGGCCAGUGGGUUUGGAUCAAAGGUUUUCACUAAAACAGAUUGAAGCAUUAGAGUGUGCAUAUGAUAAUCUUUGUCAAACAGAAGGAGUCACAGCUCUUCCUUACUUCUUAAUCAAGUAUGAUGAGAACACGGUGCUGGUUUCCUUGCUUAAACACUACAGUGAUUUCUUCCAAGGUCAAAGGAUGAAGAUAACAAUUGGUGUAUAUGAUCCCUGUAACUUAGCCCAGUACCCUGGAUGGCCUUUGAGGAAUUUUUUGGUCCUAGCAGCCCACAGAUGGAGUAGCAGUUUCCAGUCUGUUGAAGUUCUUUGCUUCCGUGACCGUACCAUGCAGGGGGCGCGAGACGUUGCCCACAGCAUCAUCUUCGAAGUGAAGCUUCCAGAAAUGGCAUUUAGCCCAGAUUGUCCUAAAGCAGUUGGAUGGGAAAAGAACCAGAAAGGAGGCAUGGGACCAAGGAUGGUGAACCUCAGUGAAUGUAUGGACCCUAAAAGGUUAGCUGAGUCAUCAGUGGAUCUAAAUCUCAAACUGAUGUGUUGGAGAUUGGUUCCUACUUUAAACUUGGACAAGGUUGUGUCUGUCAAAUGUCUGCUGCUUGGAGCCGGCACCUUGGGUUGCAAUGUAGCUAGGACGUUGAUGGGUUGGGGCGUGAGACACAUCACAUUUGUGGACAAUGCCAAGAUCUCCUACUCCAAUCCUGUGAGGCAGCCUCUCUAUGAGUUUGAAGAUUGCCUAGCGGGUGGUAAGCCCAAGGCUCUGGCUGCAGCAGACCGGCUCCAGAAAAUAUUCCCCGGUGUGAAUGCCAGAGGAUUCAACAUGAGCAUACCCAUGCCUGGGCAUCCAGUGAACUUCUCCAGUGUCACUCUGGAGCAAGCCCGCAGAGAUGUGGAGCAACUGGAGCAGCUCAUCGAAAGCCAUGAUGUCAUUUUCCUGUUGAUGGACACCAGGGAGAGCAGGUGGCUUCCUGCUGUCAUUGCUGCAAGCAAGAGAAAGCUGGUCAUCAAUGCUGCUUUGGGAUUUGACACAUUUGUUGUCAUGAGACAUGGCCUGAAGAAACCAAAGCAGCAGGGAGCUGGGGACUUGUGUCCAAACCACCCUGUGGCAUCUGCUGACCUCCUGGGCUCAUCACUUUUUGCCAACAUCCCUGGUUACAAGCUUGGCUGCUAUUUCUGCAAUGAUGUGGUGGCCCCAGGAGAUUCAACCAGAGACCGGACCUUGGACCAGCAGUGCACUGUGAGUCGUCCAGGAUUGGCCAUGAUUGCAGGAGCCCUGGCCGUGGAAUUGAUGGUAUCUGUUUUGCAGCAUCCAGAAGGGGGCUAUGCCAUUGCCAGCAGCAGUGACGAUCGGAUGAAUGAGCCUCCAACCUCUCUUGGGCUCGUGCCUCACCAGAUCCGGGGAUUUCUGUCACGGUUUGAUAAUGUCCUUCCCGUCAGCCUGGCAUUUGACAAAUGUACAGCUUGUUCUUCCAAAGUUCUUGAUCAAUAUGAACGAGAAGGAUUUAACUUCCUAGCCAAGGUGUUUAAUUCUUCACAUUCCUUCUUGGAAGACUUGACUGGUCUUACAUUGCUGCAUCAAGAAACCCAAGCUGCCGAGAUCUGGGACAUGAGCGACGAUGAGACCAUCUGAGAUGGCCCCGCUGUGAGGCUGACUUCUCCCCGGCCACCUGCUGAGGAGCUCUCCAUCACCAGAGCAGGACUGCUGACCCCAGGCUUGGUGAUUCUGGUCCCCUCCUCUCCAUACCCUGAGGACUGGGACCCCCUCCGCUGCCCAGGAGUGGCCGUGUUCAACGUUGCUCGGGAUUCACGAUGCCACCAGUUCAGAGCUGAAUAAUAACCUUGGCUUCGGCCUUGUUAUCGACCUGGGA